CAUGGUGGAUCAUUGCUCUCCUCUUCUGUGCUGUAGACCUCCGUUGUUGUCCACCAGUUAUUAAAGCCCCCAAUGAGCCACAGCGCUGCACUGGGGGGCAGGUUUCCUCCUCAGGAAACAUGAGAGGUCCCCCUGUUUUCAGCAAACUGUUCUUUAGUGUUGCACUUUGACCUCUGACCUCCAGCUCUGGGAGCUGACAGGAGGCUGUGUAGACACCCUUUUGGAGGACCUACACUCCUCCUCCACCCCCCUCCCUCUGUUUUUUUGCCCUCCCCUGAUGUUGGACAGGGUGUCUCCAUGGCGACAGGAUAAACAGACAAUAACAAGCCUCCGCACUUCAGAACUCGUGUGAAUGCUGCAACAGAGAGAGAGGUGAGACAGAGGAGGACAAGACAGACAGAUAUUUUCCUGCCAUGGCGGAGAGUGCAGACAUGGAGCAGCUCCUGACAGCUUUUAAGAAGUUUGCCAUUCAUGGAGACACAAAGGCCAUUGGGACGGAGCUGAACGGGAAGAACUGGGCCAAACUGUGCAAAGACUGCAAGAUCAUCGAUGGCAAGAAUGUCUCCAGCACAGACGUGGACAUCAUCUUCUCCAAAGUCAAACAGAAGACGUCCCGGGUCAUCACAUAUGAGGAGUUUCAGAGAGCUCUGGAGGAAUUGGCUCCAAAGAGGUUCAAAGGUCAAAGUAAAGAGGAGGCGGUGCAGUCCAUCUUCAGACUGGUGGAAGGCAGAGAGCCCUCCAACGUGGGAGUGACGAAAGUGGCAAGGACAGCAGCGGUGGACCGUCUGACAGACACGUCCCGUUACACUGGAUCACACAAGGAGCGCUUCAAUGAGAGUGGCAAGGGCAAAGGUCGGGAGGGCCGGGAGGAAAUCGUGGAGGACACAGGCUACGUGGGAGCGUACAAGAACGCUGGAACAUACGACACCAAGAUGAAGACAAAGAAGUAACCAGGCAGGAAGCAAUAUCUCCUGUUGGGAGCUGACAGGAAGUAUAGCUCUUCUACAGUAUCUAGUCUGGACCAAAGCUUGACCUUUGACCCUCCGCGUGUGUGUGUGUGUGUGUGUGUGUGUUUGUGUGUUUGAACGGAACAGACUGACAGAGCUUCAUGUUGAGCUGCACUCAGAUCAGAUCUGUAGAUCUACAAACUCAUCAAUAUGAAAGACGUGAUGCAGUUUGUAAUUGAAGAAACAUGACUGGGUGUCUCAUUAUGAAAAGGACAGUCUGUAGCUCCCCGGCGCCCCCCUGUGGCCGUAAUGGUUGUUAUACACCAGGAAUAAGUCUUCAUAAACCCAUUACUUUAGCCCUGUUCAAACUGGAUUUAUGUCUGUAUAGGGGAGGUAGGGUAAUGUAUUGCAUAUGUGGCUAAUUUUUCACCCCCACCCCACAACAAUUGCUUUUCUGAGAACUGGCUGCUCCUCCUGUCAUUUAAAUCCACUUUAAGCUGCACUGUCAAAUUUUAAAGUGGACCUCUGGGUUUAUUCCUACUAAUUUGACUUUUGUGUAAGAAAUGGAGAAAUGUGGAAACAUGCUAACACCAGCACAGAGUCCAGUUUGGGACCAGUAUUAAAUUCAUCAGGAGAAAAAGACCCUGAAAGAACCCAUCAA